GUGCUCUCGCCUUUGACUUGGUCGUAUGAAACAAAACCAUUGCGUCCCUCGAACCUUCACUUGAAUCGCUCUACACUUCACUACUUCAACAGCCCGAUACUGUCGUUGUGUUGGACCUGCAAUGAAGAGAGGAGAGCGGCGAUAACCGCUCCGCGGACGUUGGAUCAAGCCAGGACCACAGAACCUCAACCCACAAGCGAUGGCGAUCUUCGGCAGAUCCAAGAAGAGCAAGCCGACCACAACUCGGCCUCCGCCUCAAUCGAACUACACCCCAGAGCCUUCGAACGCAGUUAUCUCGAAUCCGAAUUGGGCAUAUGUCAAACAAAGACCCAACAACCCGUACGGCAAUGGCUUUGGGGCACAAUCACAAAGCUGGCUGAUCGCCCCCGUUCCUCCUCAAUACCAGCCCGUCUUCGUCUCGCAACCUCCUCCUCAACCGUCAAAAUUAUACAAGGGUGGCGGGAAUCUCAGCACGCUCAAGUUGGCCUCUGUAGUCAAUCUGCUGUCAGGAGAUGUACCGAAUAGCAUUCCGGGAGCACAAUACUUUAACAAUGGAAUUCCUCUUUACGCGCAAGGCGCUCAGUAUAUUACCCAAGGAGUGGCCCUCUGCGACAUGAUAUCUUCGAAGCUCGAUGCUGUCAUCACAUCUAUCGAUGGGGAGAGGUUUAGUGGAGACGAGAGGGAAUUGGCGGUCUUCACACCCCCUCAGCCAAUGUGGCAGCAGGAGCAACAAGAGAGUGGUUACACGGAGAGGGGACUUGGGAAGGGCAAAUCGAAAGGCAUGGUUAACAACUCCGUGUCUUCGGCUCUCACAAGUACGAACUACUUUGCAAAGGUCAACCUGUACGCCAAUUCACGGCUGCCUUUGGACCUGCCUCCAAUGAAACUAUACAUCCCUACCUUCCCUCUACUCUGCUUAGCAGCCCAAUACUCCGAACGUGUGUAUAUAAAACCCAGGGGUCAAGAAAGGGAGACGCAUGUGGACUCGGAUUGGAGAAUGGGGACCAAGGCUAUGGUCAUCAAAUCGUUGCCCAUGGAUGACAUGAAUACGAUUGUAUUUGCAAUCAGAGGGACGCAGACCUUCAUGGACUGGGCUGUCAACCUCAGAUCAGCUCCUGUGGCGCCGACAGGGUUUUUGGAUGACCCUGGAAAUCUCUGUCAUGCUGGAUUUCUCACUGUAGCAAAGAAGAUGAUCAAGCCAGUUGCUGCAAGGCUUCGACAUCUACUGGAGGAAGACCCCGGACGAUCAAAAUGUUCGCUCCUCAUCACGGGACACUCAGCUGGUGGAGCCGUUGCGGCUCUCCUAUAUUCUCACAUGCUUUCCACAAGCAGAGAAACGGAGUCUGAGCUCAACAUCCUUACUGGUUGCUUCAGGCGCGUCCAUUGCAUAAGCUUCGGCGCUCCUCCGGUUUCUCUCCUCCCUCUCGCGAAGCCAAAUAAUCCUGCACUCAAAAAGUCGCUGUUCUAUUCCUUCGUCAAUGAGGGAGAUCCGGUCCCACGAGCGGAUAAGGCUUAUAUCAAAUCACUUCUGGAUCUCUACUCGACGCCAGCGCCGGGCCAAUCAUGUCCUCUGACAUCCGGUCUCGGCAAAUCAAGCAGCUCACUAGCUGUCAACAAACCCGGCAAAUCAAGCAGCUCCCUCGCUGUCAGCAAGAAACCAAAGAAGUCCAAGAACGCUCCCGAAUAUUCAGACGCACCCGUCUGGCCAGUGCCAGAAUCAGCAUUAAGUAAUGCCGGACGAAUCAUCCUCCUUCGAAGCGUCGAAAGAUAUGAGAACCGAGGCAAGAAGAAAGAGGUCCAUGAACGGAUGAACGAAGGCGUCGUGGCGCAGAUUGUCACUGAUGAUUUGCUUCGUGGCGUUAUUUGGGGUGAUCCGGUGUGCCAUAUGAUGGCGUUGUAUUCGCGGCGCAUUGAGGUUUUGGCUACGAAUGCGGUGACGGGUCGGUCGUAG